GAUUUUAUAUCGUGUUUGUAUUUUUUGAGGAUUUCCGGUUUCGAUAGUUGAAUGAUGGAUGUUGUUGAGGUUUCUGAUAAGCCAAAAAUUUGUGGUGGUGAUGAUGAGAAUUUUAAGGUACCAGUUUCUUGUGAAGAUUUUGACUUUGAAGAUGAUGACGAUGUUCCUUUGAUACUAAGGUUUUCUCAGAUUUCAAGAUUGGGAACAUGUAGUAAUAAACAUGAUUCUUCUGUUAAGAAGAAGACUACUACUACUACUACGGUGGUGCCGGUUAAAAGGGUGUUAGAUAACACCAAAUCCUUGCAUAUUUCUGUUAAGGAUUCGAAAGUAUCAUUGUAUGAUGAUCAGGAAAAAAAUGAUGAUGAUAUUCGUUUGUCUGAUAUUAAAAUGCCGGACAAAUCAUCUGAUAAAUGUUUUUCCUCGCUGAAGAUAAACCUUGGAUUAUUAGAAAAAUCAUUUGAGGCAUGCAAAAGGAAGAAGCUGGUAGAAAAGAAGAGAUUGCGGUCCGUAAAGAGAGAUAUUGAGGAGUGUUGCAAAGAGCUUGCGAGUAAGAAAAGGAAAGUUUGUUCUGUUAGGAGAAUUAAUGAAGCUCACGACGAAAUUCAGGGAAAAAUUGAAGAAUGUAAGAGGGAUUUUGUAGUCAAGGAAAAGCAGCUUCAUUUGAUGGAGGACUUGAUUAAGACAAAAGAGAUAGAACUUAUUCGAGUCAAGGGUAACAUUACAAAAGAGAUAGAACUUCGUCAAGUCAUUGAUAAGGACCGUGAAAGAAAGGAAGAGGAACUCAAGGCUCUUUCUCGAAAAAAUACUGAAUUUACUUUGGAACUUAAGGCUAAAGAGAAAGACCUUGAUGCAAUGAACAAAUUAAUUGGUGCACAAGUAGAAAAAUUAGUGUCUGAAAAGAAGAAGUUACUACAGGAAAUAUCAAUAAUGAAGAAUGAAUGUACUCAAAUGAAGGAAUUUGAGUCAAUGAAGAAACAAUUUGAAGGCCAGGUUAAGGAACUUGAGUCAAAACAGAAGCAAUGUGAAGGACUGAUGGUGGAGCUUGAGUCAAAUGAGAAAAACUUUGAAGCAGGAUUAAAGGAGUUGGAAUCAAGGAAGAAGGAGCUUGAAGGAAAUAUGAAGGAGUUUGAAUCAAAGCAGGAGGCACUCCAAGGUCGUAUGAAGGAUCUUGAAUCAAAAGAGAAGCAAGUUGAAGGACGGGCAAUGGAGCUAGAGUCAAGAGAGAUGCAACAUGAAGGCCGCGAGAAGGAGUUUAAAUCAAAAGUGGAGAGAUAUGAAGACCAAGUAAAGGAGCUGGAAUUUAAAAAUCAGCACUUUGAAAGUCAGUUGAAGGUGUUAGAGUCAGUAGAUAACCAACUUGCAGGCCAAGUGAAGGACUUUGAAUCAAAAAAACAGGAAUUUGAAUGUCAAAUGAAGGAGUUAGCAUCAAAACAGAAGCAUUUUGAAAGCCGAAAGGAGGAGCUUGAGUCAAAGGAGACGCACUUUGAAGGUCGAGUAAAGGAGUUGGAAUCAAGGGAGAAACAGCUUGAAGGACAUAGGAAGGAGUUUGAAUCAAAGGAGGAAGCACUCAAAGGUCGUAAGAAUGAGCUUGAAUUAAAAGAAUUUGAAGGACGGGCAAUGGAACUUCAAUCAAAAGAGAGUCUACUUGUGAAGGAACUCGAAUCCAAAAAGAAGCAUUUUGAAAGCAGAGUGGAGGAGUUCAAGUCAGAAGAGAAGCGAUUGAAAGGACAGGCCAAGGAACUUGAGUCUAAAGAGAAGAAAUUUAAUGGCCAGGUGAAGAAGUUCGGAUCAAAAGUAGAUGAAUUUGAAGGACGAGUGAAGGAGCUGGAAUCCGAAAAGAAGCAUUUCAAGAGACGACUGAAGGAGCUCGAAUUUAAAGAAAAGCAAUUUGAGGAACAAAUGAAGGAGUUUCAGUCAAAAGAGGAGGAAUUUAUAGGGCAAGUGAAGGAGCUCGAAUCAAAGAAGGAGGAAUUCAAAGGUCGAGUUAAGGAGUUCGAAUCAAAAACGAAUCAAUUUGAAGGACGAUGGAAAGCACUUGUGUUAAAAGAGAAGCAGUUUGAAGAGAAAGAACAGGAUCCCGAGUCAAGGUUGAAUAAAUUUGAUGGACAAAUGAAGGAGCCUAAGUCAAGGAAAAAAUAUAUUGAUAAAGAAAAAGAAUCGGUUACAUCCUACAUGAAUGAUGAAUUAAGUUGUACCGUUGGUGGAACAAGUGAGAAGACUGAUGGAGUUGAAUCACUUUACAAUAGUAUUUUAGUUAAUAUGCGAGAAUCAUCAGAUCCAUCGAGACUUGUUUUGGAUAUGAUACAGAACCCUGUUAUUCCACUUUGUAAGAAGGGGGACAAUGCUGAGAUCAUUGCUGAUUAUCACAUCUAUCUGCUAGAACAAUUGAUGAGAAUCACACCAAAUAUUAAACCUUGUGUCAGAGAAGAAGCAUUGAAGCUAGCACUUGAUUUGAAAGCUUACAUGAAAGACAAUACUGAAAAUUCUUUGACAGUUCUUGGUUUUCUACUGCUUUUGUCUAUUUUUGGAUUGCUUACUUCUUUCAAUGAAGAUGAAGUUCUGGAGCUUUUUGCAUCUGUUUCUCAGCACAAUUUAGCUAUUGAGCUGUUUGGGAUCCUUGGUUUUGCAAAUAAAGUUUCUGAUUUUGUUAAGAAUCUUAUCAUGACGAAGCAAUUUGUUGCAGCUGUUAGAUUCAGUUGUGCAUAUUGCUUGGCUGACAAGAAUCAAUUAGUUGUUAUGUUGCGAGAACACAUCCAGAAUGCCAAACUGAUUUGUGACAGCAGUUGUGAGAAAACCAACUCUAUAGAAAUCAAGGAUAAGGCCAGAGAUCGAGAAAUUGCUAGUCUGGGAACUGUUCUGCAGUGCAUUUUGGAUUGCAACCUACAAUCUGAGGAUAUGCUACUUGAUAAGGACAUUAAAUAUCGCAUUCUUGAGCUAAAAGCAAUUAAAGGCAUUUAGUUUUUGUACCAGAACCUAAUUUAUUGAAAUAUGGUAAUAGAAACCUGCUAACUUAUACACUACUUUUGAUCGGGUACAUAUUCACGCGUAAAUGACUUUCUCUGGUGCCAGUCUCGAACUGAGUACCACAAGGUUGAAGUGUAGACUUACAACAACCAAGUGACCUCUCAAGAAUCUGGCAAAUGACUUUAACAUUAUUCUCUCUCUGUGUCUUACUCUAUGUAAAAGGUCUAAUUAUUAGAGGAAUGAAUGAAAACUCAUGAGAUAUAGUUAAUGGGGUUAUCUUUAUUUAUAUCUUUGGCUUCCUUUUCUUUCUC